AUGAGUUUUAUAGGAGUUCUUAAAAAGAUUGUUGAAAAAGAAAAUGUUGAAGGCAUUAUUUUAAUAGAUGAGAAUGGACUUUGUUUAGGAUCUUAUGGAAAGGUGAAUGAGGAAUUUGCAAGUAAAUGCAUUAAAUUUGCGGAUUUAGAAUUGCAAACUAAGAUGUUUGCUGCUGUUAUGAAUAAAAGGCAAAAGAUUCUUCUGCAUAGAGAUUCUGGUAUCACAACAGUUUUGUUUAUGACACGUUAA